CCAGGAGCGCAACACAAAGAGGCAAGUUGUAAACAGAGCAGCACAGACGAGUUACACCCACCAGAGAUGGCCGCGGAAACACCCGCAGGAGUCAUUUCCCCAAAAUCCACCUUUGCCCACACUUGUAAACCUGAGAGCAGCUCUGCGAGCCAGCCAGAGCUCCUAGGAGCACGCUGGAUGAAGCCUGCUGCCCAGGAGAUGGAUUUCAGAAAAGACCUGGGGUCUCACAUGGGUGCCCCCAAAGACCAGCCUGGCUAUGAGUCUGAUGUCUCAGGAAAGAGUUCCAACACGUGGCCCAGCUUCCCUUCCCAAGACAAGGCUUCUUCAGAGGAGAAACUUGGCCCAUUGUAUGACUAUGGGACAGUGCCUCCAGAUACACACUCAGAAAAGAAGCCCUCCACGUACGGUGAAUGUGUGAGAACAUUCCAGAAUACGUCAGCCCUGGAGGCCCACCAGAAGAGCCACUCUCAGAAGAUGCCCUAUGCCUGUGUCGAGUGUGGGAAGGCUUUCGGUCGGAGCACCCACCUUGCCCAACACCAGGUUGUCCACACAGGAGCAAAGCCCCAUGCGUGUAAAGAGUGCGGGAAAGCCUUCAGGCGAGCCACCCACCUGACGCAGCACCAGAGGGUUCACACUGGGGAGAAGCCAUAUACGUGUAAAGAGUGCGGGAAAGCCUUCAGGCGAGCCACCCACCUGACGCAGCACCAGAGGGUUCACACUGGGGAGAAGCCAUAUAAGUGUGAGGAGUGCGGCAAAACCUUCAGCCGCAGCACACACCUCACCCAGCAUCAGCGGGUGCACACCGGGGAGCGGCCUUACGA